GGGUCACCGCCUUCACCGUCAGGCACCGUUUUGUCUGUUAUCGUAUCGCUCACGUCUGCUGAUAACUUCUUUAAGAUUGGCUGUGAAGAGUGGUACCAUUGCCUCAUUGGAGUCUUUUUUUUCAAUUGUAUUUUUGUUUCGUUGCUGACACCAAGGUUAACUUAUUAGUGGUUUGAACAUGUCACUGGUUAACUUGACAUUCCUUAAUGAUUCGAACUGGAUCGAUGACAUAGAUUUCAACGCCCUGAGCAAAGUUCACCUUGCCAUGUACAGUUUGAACAUUCUCCUGGGGAUGCCUUUCAACCUGUGGCUCCUGCUUGUCCUUCUCACAUCCGCCGACCUUCGCUCACGUCUGCGAAACAAAAUCUUGGCUUUUAUCUGCGUUCAGCAUCUCGUGGAGAGCGCCCUGAUAUUCCCACUCAUUGUAGACUUGUACAGACGCUACAACUCUUUCAAGAGCCUGUCUUGCCUGGAAAUUGCCUUGUUUUACAACUUCCAGCUCAUCAGCGACUUUGUCUCCAACUGGAACGUCUUCUUGCUGAUACUCUUUUACGUCUUCCACGUCUUUAAUUUUCAGCCCUGCAGGACAUUGUCCUCCAAGGCAGUCACGGUGUUGACGUGCUCGAUGCUGACGCUUCCAUGGGUCAUCAGCGCAGUCCUGACCCCAUCGGUCAUGAAAUUCUUCCACGAUCGGCGCCAAGUUUUUGAAAACACAUCCGAGAUCCUGUCCUACUUAAAGUGCCUGCAGCCAACCGGUGAUUCGUAUGUUAUCUACAAGUCGCUGGAUACAGCCGUGCCGCUGUUUGCCGCGACCCUGCUGCUGGUAGCCGGGGUUCUUCUCAAGCGAUGGGGGCUCUCGGGGAGCAGGGGUAUGGCGUCCGAGCUGAUUGAGCAGGAGCGACCCGAGGUGGAUAGCAUUGUUCCUUACCUGGCCGCUUUGAUCGUGACCUACGUUUGCGACUUUGGAGUCAUCCUUGCCUACUUUGAAGUCAUUAUAGUCUACGGGACGUAUGAAAAUUACAUCUGGUGGCAGGUGAGUGAAAUGCUGGCGAAUGUUCGAGUCAUUCUCUUCACGGCCAUCAUCUUCUUCUUCAAGGACAUCAGAGUUUCAGCCAGAAACUGGAGGCCGAGACGUCUCUUGCAGUCUCUUCCAGAUCUAACCGUCAGCUACAGAAAAGAGAGCGCAGAAUGACCAACCAGCCAGCUCCCAGCUUUAGUGAAUACGUAAAAUAAGCCAAAAUAAUUAUUUUAGAAAAAAAAAGUUUUUAUUAUUUUGGUCUGAAAUGUCAGAAUCUAUACAUAAAAGAGUAAAAUAUAGUUCAAGUUGGGAUGAUUAGGUGGAGACUAAAAAUAAUAGAUAAAAUGCUAACAGGCCAAUGCGAAGUCAGAUGCAGAAACGAACUAAUCUGAUCAAAAGCAAUAUUUUCUAGGAAUCAAAAGUGUGAAGAAGAGAAUCUCUUUGCAAUGCAUGUGGCUUUAACUCUUUCUCUCCUAAGUGACGAUAUCAUCGGUGAUUCCACUAGGAUGUGGUAAAUAAUUACGGAGAGAAAGAGUUUUAAAAAUCCUGAACUCCAUAGACAAGUAAAAUUAAAGAGAAUUAAAAGCAAGUUCAAUGUUAUCAGAACUAAUCCCCUAAGUUAUUUGAGAUAUUGUAAGUCCACAUAUAGUAUGUCAGUAAAAGAAGUAUACUUCUCCUUUCAGACCUUGCUAUAUGUAUGGGACUGAUGAUGAUGUUAAGGUCAUUUAUUUCUUUUGCCAACGGUUAACUAGUUGGGGGUCAUGUGGUCAGCACAUCGACAAACCGCCUUUAAUUUACCUUAUGUCUGGCUCCCAUUAGAGUUUGAUGUAUCCGGUGCAUAAAAUAAAUGAAGUGUUAAUAACGUGUACGUAGAUUCUGCACGAAGCUUAAUGAGCAAUUAGCAGGGGCGUGACAUAAUCAAGUAAUGGGGGAACCAUCCUUCUGUGCAGUAAAAUACUAGUUGUCGCCUGCUUGCAAUGUCUUAAAUUUGUAACAUUAUUGAACAAGGUCUCGCGCCUUCUCUUUCCCUGUCCUUUUCAGCAGACCCUUGAUCUGUUAUGACAUAGGCAACCCAAACAUUUCCAACUAUAUACGAAUGCGUUAUUGACCUAGAGAAAAACCGACACACACACACACACACUAAUGGUCAUGCACACACCACAUCACAUUCAAAAAGUAAGAAAUGGCCCAAUGAGCUGUCUGGCGAUACACUUUAAUGGCCAAUUCUUUCAUUCUAGAAAGCAAUUGUUUACAUUUUCUUUCUGCAACGAUCAGCCUGACCACAUUUCCACUGACCAUUAACCACAUUACCGAUCUUUCAGGUUCUCCCCUACUGCGACUGUUUAAACUGAGUAUAAAUAUAGAGGAUCCGUUCACUCCCUUUCUUGCAUCUUAUUAUUUUAUUUUAUUUGGUUCUUUCUUCUAUACUUCGUCGUCCAUUUUUGUUGUAUAUAUUUAUCUCAAUAGACAUAGAUAUUUAUAAACUGAGGAAUUUUAUUUAAUGUGUGUAGCAAUGAUGGGUCUAUGUUUUAAUUACUAAUUAGUUUUAUAAAUUAUUUUUUUGUAGUAAAAAAAAACAAGGUUUAAUCCUUCCAUUUUCUUCAAGUUAUCAUUGUGAAUAAUAGUUUUAGUUCUAGAAAGAAAAGACAAAUUGAACUUGUUAACUUGCUAACACUACCCUCACGUGACAACCCUAAUGUGGCCACGUACACUCGACGAUUGUCUUAAAGCCCAUCACAUGACAGCCUUCAUAUUGACGAAACAUCUCAAAGUCAUUUAUUUACUGUGUUGUAUGGUAUGUAUGUAAACGUUUUUUCAUUGCAAUGUUGUAAAUCGAGGCUCCAUAUCAUUUAAAGAGAAUUUUGGAACAUGUUUUGAAAUUGGAGCAUUUUCAAUGUCCAUAGCAGUUUGAGCUGAGCCCUAAAAUUAUUCAUUCAUGACCAUUAGCUUCUUGUUUCAAAACUUAAAUGUUCCUGUGUCUUCCUUAUCAACUGAAUCCUGUGGAUUCCUGUCGUUUUUAAUAUCCUACCUAACCAGCGUCAACUUACAUAUUUAAUAUUCAGCAAUCUCUACUUAGAAAGGACCGCUUUCUAAUAAUUUAAAAAUGAAUAUAAGGAGAGAUAAUCCAAUUUGCUGAAAGGACUUCAGGAAUUAAACUAAUCACAGUUAUUGGCCUUAUAACGACAUGUUUACAACGAACUGUUUACUUUGUUUCAUUAAAAUCUAAACACUAUACAAAGAUGGAUAAAGUGUGGGUAGAAAUGAUCUGCUGUCUUGAAGGAACGUCUGCAAUCUGUAAAUGAGAUUUAAAAAAGAAAUUGAAGCUAUACAUCUAGAGCAGUGUAUCCUAAACUGUGUUCCGCGGAACCCUGAGUGUUCCGUUAGGCCUGAAAAGGUGUUCCACGAACUACUGGAAUAAUUAACAAGUAGGCCGCCACGUUAUUAAUCUCUUUGAAAAAAAAUAAGUAAAGUGUUCCGCUAAAUAUGCGAAGUGUCCCGUUAAGGAAAAAGUUUGGGAAACACUGAUCUGGAGUAUACUUGAUUUCUAAAGUGUUUAUAUAUUUUUAAUACAUAUUUUACAUACUCUGUACAUGAAAAUUAAUUCUUUUAUUUGAAAACUUAUCUUCAGAUGAAUGUCGCGAUAAUUUCUAGUUGUCGUAAUAUUUAAUUACCUCCUCUCUCACUCUCUCUCUCUCUCUCUUUAUUACUUACUCUCUGUUACUCUCUCAGAGAGUCUCUCUGUUUCUGUUAUACUCUCUCUUUUCUCUCUCUCUUUCUCUGUGUAUAUGUAAAUAGCUCUCUCGCUAUGCUCUAGAGAUUGAAACAUUUGAAACAAUGUUAUUAUAAGUCCGUGUUAACAACUCAUUGAUUGGUUUUAUGUCUUACAUUAUAACAUCGCGCAAAGAAAUACCUAUUCAUUAUUAAAAAAUGAAUUUUU